AUGGCCGGAGUUCUAUGGAACCUAGCAGCUAAGAGGGCCCCUGGUAGUGUCAGGUCAGUCGUGGCUUUCAGAAACGCUGCACAAAUACCGUCACUCCACUCUGUUCCCCAUGUGAGAACCACCCCAUCUAGAAUCAACCAUUCCUUAGAGGCUGCCAAUGAGAGAAAAGCACUUUUGGCAAGACCAGGAAUGUUGGGUAUCAAAAGAGGUAUGAUCUCUUGGUUCACGAAAACCGGAGUGCAAUACGCUGCCACGGUUCUUGAGAUCGACUCUUGUGAGGUGAUUGCCAAUAAGACCGUCGCCAAAGACGGCUACCUGUCUGUGCUCCUCGGUCAGAAGGACAAAAUAAAAAACGUCACGAAGCAUGAAAUCAAAAUCUGCAAUGAGGCAGGCGUCACGACGAAAGCCAACUACGGUGAGUUCAGAGUGAGAACCGACGAGGGUCUCAUCGAGCCUGGUGUGGAACUCACAGCCAACUACUUCGCCGUUGGCCAGCUUGUGGAUAUUAAGAGCACCACAAAGGGUAAAGGUUUUGCUGGUGUUAUGAAGAGACACGGUUUCAAGGGUCUUGCGGCCACUCACGGUGUUUCUUUGGCACACAGAUCCGCUGGUUCCAUGGGUCCUACACAAGACCCUGGUCGUGUUUUGCCAGGCAAGAAGAUGGCGGGACGCAUGGGUGGAAAGAGCUGUGUUUCCCAAAACCUAGAGGUGUUGCAUGCUGACGGUGACAACGGCAUUUUGGUUGUCAAGGGCCAAGUGCCCGGAGCCAACGGCAGCUUUGUGAAGAUCGCCGACUCCAAGAAGUUGUAUGGCGAGUCGAUGCUUCGCUUGAAGCAGAAGGAGAGCACGUAG